AUUUUACUGAUUUUGUAUGGAAAAUGUGUGCAAAUUCGACCCCGGAAAAUAUAUCAAAAAUCGCCCUAAAAGUGGAAAAAUCCCUUGUUUUGAGAGGUUUGGGUGUUCCAUGGAAGUGCCUAGGAUCUGAUUUAAGUGAAUUCUGCAAAAUAUUUGAUGAAAUAAAUCCGGGAGGAGUGAUUUUUGAUACAGCUCCUCUGAAGCAUGGAUCAGUCCCUCAGUGGGAGCAUUUUAGGGAGAAAACUCCUCAGAUGACCCUUCAGGACUUCCUGACAAGUUGUCCAUCGCACGAGGGGAAAGGAAGAUGGCUGUCAUUUGGCUACAAGAGUUUCAGGGAACUUUCAGAGAGGAUGAGAGAUGAAAUCGAUUUCGCUCCUUUCGGGUUUCCGGACAUUAAGGAAGACAUAACAUUGUGGCUUGGCAGCAGAGGUGCCCACACAUCCUGCCACUAUGACACAUACGGUAGGAAUAUUGUUGUUCAGGUAUUUGGGCACAAACGAUGGAUUCUCUUUAGUCCGGAAAGUGAUUUACGCCCCACUAGGAUUCCUUUUGAAGAGAGCAGCGUCUACAGUGGGUUGAAUUUCUUCAGCCCUGGUGAUCUCUGUCAGUUCAAUGCCAUUGCGGAGAAGGCUCACAUUGUCACCCUUGCUCCAGGAGAUGUCCUGAUCGUUCCUCCAAAGUGGUGGCAUUUUGUGGAGAACUUGGACACAGCUCUGGCACUUAAUGCCUGGAUUCCCAUUGAACAGGAUACAGAUGCUCAAAUGCAGGAAUGCUUCGUUAAAAGUAUUAUCUUCCAAUUCCUUCGCAAUGUUGAACCACAAAUAAGGAAAUUUAUGAUUUAUCCGAAUGAAUUGAAGGACUUUGAUGAGGAUCCUUCUGAAUUCCUUCAGCAACAUCUCAGGAUUCUUAAUUAUCUCUCAAGUGUCAAGGAUUCAGGAAGAGCACCUUCAUACAGAAGCGACGUAUCAGAUGAAGAAUUUUCAGAUCUACUGGCCAAAAACACUUCUGCUGAGUUCGUGAGAGAAGCCACAAAGGAAGAAUUUACACAAAUUUUAACGGAGAACCAAAAGAGAUUCGAUGAAUCCUGGAGAUUUCCUGAACUAACUGCCCAACAGAGGACAUCCACAGAACAAUUGACGAAUUUAAUUAAUUCUCUCUGCAAUGUUGAAGCCAUUGAGAGGAUGAAGGAAUGUUAUUUGAAGCUGAAAAAGGCAACUGCAGCUGAUUCCUGAUUUAAAGAGCCACCAGGAGUUCCAAAGAGAAGCAUAAAAACACCUUAAGGACCUGAGGAAAGACACGAAUCAAUCCGAAACGUCAAAAGUACGAAAUAAACCUAACAAAGGCCAAGAAAA